GAUUCAAGCAACAUGCCCUGGACAGGGGUUCUUGGGCGGCAUUUGAGCCGCAUGCCACUCGGCACAUCCAUUUUCAAGGUUGAUCUCGCGUAAACUUGACGAAAAUAUUUCCUUGAUAGACUCCGGCCAACGCACGACAUCCCGUACUGCGGAGCAUCUAACCCGAUGCGCGGUGGAUGUCUGUCCCACGCCGUUUCAAAUGCGCAGUCUUUGCUUCAUUUCAAGGCCAAUCGGUUUCAACCCAUACUUCAAUGGACAUCAAGGAUCCGUCUCACUCCUCUCAACGUCAGCACCGACAUCAACAUUUUAGGCAUGGACAUCAACACAGCCAGGGGCAUCAUCACGCCAGGGACGAGUACUUCGCUGAACCUAGUGAUGGUCCCCAUCCGAAACGUCGCCGUAGAUCCCACCAUGAGAACGACAUAGCGCAGGGUAACUUGAACCGGGCAAUAGAUCAGCGUACUGGCAACGAUCUCGUGGAAAGCUGGCUUGAACAGACAGGGGAUCCAGGCCGAAGAAAGCCUCUAUCCAGGUUAAAGGAACAGGAGCAACCCCCCACAAUCGGUCGUAGCCGGCCGAGGUUGCAGCGCUACGAGGUCUCUCCACUACUCUCCCUUGGCCCCAGCAGGAUUAGGCGUCGCGCCAGGAGGGGGCUUGCGUCUCAUAACAGCUCCUUGCUCAGCGGUUUCGAGAAUGACAAGGCUAUUGUACAGAAUCUAUCUCCACCUCCACGGCGGGAGUUUCCAGAUGACGACACCCCAUCACCGGAGCAGCAGAGAAAGUUUGAGGCGAAUCAUUUGGAUGACUUGUCGAUAGAAUUGUCGUCCUCGGGUGCAUACCGCUUCGAGAAGAGGCCGAGGCACAAGACCAGGGAGGACAAGUAUGACAAGAUACAAAAAAAGCAUAAGCGCGAAAGGUCUAAGGACCGGGGACGGCACCAUCGAAAGAAGAGGAACGGAAAGUAUGAGAAGAGAAGAGCUUUGACGUCUAGCAAGAACGUUAUAAGCAACUUCAACUCAGAUGCUGUCAUGAAUGAUCGCAUCACGGUACGACUUGCAGCUGUAUUGGCGCUCGUUCCUGUUGCUGAUCACCAAUACAGGUAAAACCAUCACUAAAGCCUG